GGCCCUGUGGAGGAGGAGGAGGAGAAAACUAAGCGAGUGAGAAUGUAUGGCUACGACGACGAUGAGGAUGAAGACGAGCGGGAUGAUAUUUAUGAUGAUGAUGAUGAUGAUGAUAUCAUUCAAAUCGAAGAGAGGAGAGGCCGUGGUGGGGAUCCUCUCAGUUCUAUACCGAGAGAUGCGUACAUACUAGGCGGUGGCUCUGGCUCGAUAAGAAUACCAGAUUUUGAUAAGAUGCUCCCAAGACCCGAUGUUGUUACUCGCAAUGUGAAUGAGUUUAUCCCCGCAGAGAAUGCUGAUUUGGCCAGCAGUACCAGAGUGAACCCACUGGCGAACCUAAUAGAGUUUAGGAAAAUGCCGGGAGGACAGAAGUCUUCGAAGCCUCGUAAAUCACUCCUGCGUGGCGAGCCCGUACCGUUGGAUCCGGAUGCACAUCG